CUUACUGGAAGAUUACACGCGCCAUCUUGGAUCAGGGCAGGUUUUUAAUCUGGAAAAAGUCAAAAGAGCACCAAGGAAGAAACAACUAUCAAACGUCUCGAGGAUACCGCACAAGCUGAACGAGAAAAUGACAGCAUGUUUAAGGUCAUGACAUCGGUUUAAAAACACUUUUAAAGAGACUCUAUCGGAGUGAAGAGAAGCUAACAUCGGAGCGGGAGCGGAGGUUUUCCCUCAGCUGCUGGGAAACUAGUUUCGUUUAUGUUUGUUAAUCUAAACACCUUUGCCUGUCGGACAUGACAUCAGCUAAUCCGGAUAUGUCUGAGGUCCCGUCUCUGGCCAUGACCUCCUCUAAUGGAUCUCAUUCCAACGGUGUGCAAAAAGCCAACAAACGGCAAGCCACAUCCGACUAUGAGGACGAUGAAGGAGGCAAAUUAUUCAGGUGUGACGAUGAUGGAGGCGGAUCAAAUGACAAGGAGAGAUUUGCCAGGGAGAACCACAGUGAGAUCGAGCGCCGGCGGAGGAAUAAAAUGACCGCCUACAUCACAGAGCUGUCGGAUAUGGUGCCCGCCUGCAGCGCUCUGGCACGAAAACCAGACAAACUCACUAUCCUGCGCAUGGCCGUAUCACACAUGAAGUCUCUAAGAGGAACUGGAAACACCAGCACCGAUGGCACCUAUAAACCAUCCUUUCUCACAGACCAGGAGCUGAAGCAUCUGAUUCUGGAGGCAGCUGAUGGUUUUCUCUUUGUCGUGUCGUGCGAGACUGGUCGCGUUGUUUACGUGUCGGAUUCUGUAACGCCGGUUUUAAACCAGGCUCAGUCAGACUGGCUGGGAUCUUCACUAUAUGAUCAGCUUCAUCCAGACGAUGUGGAGAAGCUCAGAGAGCAGCUUUCCACCACCGAGAACAAUAACAACAGCGGCCGGAUGUUGGAUAUGAAAACGGGCACGGUGAAGAAGGAGGGUGGUCAGGCGACUGUGAGGAUGAGUAUGGGUGCCAGGCGCUCCUUCAUCUGCAGAAUGAGGUGUGGAGUGUGUCCAGUAGAGCCCGUGUCUCUUAACAGACUGAACUUCCUGAGGACCAGAAACAGGAACGGAUUGGGUUCUGCUAAAGACGGCGAGCAGCAGUAUGUGGUUGUCCACUGCACAGGCUACAUCAGAUCUUGGCCUCCUGCAGGAAUGAACCUGUCUGAGGAGGAGGCUGAUAAUAAUCAGGGAAAUCGUUUCUGUCUAGUUGCCAUCGGAAGGCUACAGGUCACCUGUUGCCCGAGCGACACAAGCAUAAACAACAUCAGCGUUCCAGUGGAGUUCAUCUCCCGCCACAAUUCUCAGGGUGUCUACACGUUUGUGGAUCACCGCUGUACGGCCACGGUGGGCUUCCAGACUCAGGAGUUGCUGGGGAAGAAUAUUCUGGAUUUCGCACACCCAGAAGACCAGGGUUUACUGCGAGACAGCCUUCAGCAGGUGGUGAAGCUGCGAGGUCAGGUGAUGUCGGUGAUGUUUCGCUUCCAGUCUAAAAGCCGCGAGUGGGUCUGGAUGAGGACGAGCUCCUUCACCUUCCAGAACCCUUUCUCUGAGGAGAUCGAGUACAUCAUCUGCACCAACACCAACGUCAAUAGAGGGUCGAGCGAGGGCUCCGUGUCCCCUCUGUCAUCCCCUUCACUGGGCCAGAGCCCAAACUGCCCCUCCACCCCCAGCCCAGGCUGCGUCACGGUCAGGCAGUUGCAGCAGCAGCAGGUGGAGUUGGAUGGAGGAGGAAUGAGCCAGGAAGCACCCUAUGAAAACAGCCAGGUCACUCUUCCUCAGGUUUCAGUGCAGACCUGUGGUGUAGUCAGUGCUGAUCACAGCUCUAAGGCUGUUUCCUCCAGUGUAUCCAGUGGGCAGCAGGUUUACCCACCAGCAGCAGCUUUCCCCAGCCCUGCACGACCCACUGAAACUUUCAGGUCCCCUGUUCUGCCGCAGCAGAUGGUGUCCGUGGCUCAUUCAGCGGGUCAGAUGUUGGCUCAGAUGUCCCGGCAGAGCACUCCGUCUGGGGUCUCCGGCUCCAACAACAGCCCCAUUCAGGCCCCAUCGGGACCCACAGCACCCCCUGGACUCUGGAGUACCACACGGCAACCCUUCAGCACACAGCAGGUUGCAGGUCCAAUUGGAAAGAACCAGUCUGCUCCGUUUAACAUGGGAGGCUUUAGCUCCGCCUCUGCACCCUCCACUUCCUCUUCCUUUGGCCAGAUGGGCGGAGCCUCGGCUUCAAUGGCAAGCACAUCCAGCUACCAGCAAAUAAACAGUCACAGCAACCCCUCCACUAAUGGAUACGGUGAUGUUGGUCAGAUGGCAGCAGCGUUUGGCUCCAGGCCAGCAGAGGGCGUCACAGGCUGGCAGCAGUGGCCCAGUCAGACACACACACAAGCCUCCGCAGACACACAAGUGCAAAACAACCAGACAGACAUAUUUCCGGAUGUGCUCUCCAUGUUGGAUCAGAGCGGCAGCUUCAGUAAUGGGGAUUUCUCAGAGAUGCCCAUGUUUCCUCCGUUUCCUGAGUGAUGCGUUUCCUCCGUCUGCUGCUUCGCCUUCACUCACUCUUUCUUACGCUUUUAACCAAAUGGACGGCAGAAUGCACCCGAGAGACGAAUGCUGCGCGAGGAUGAAGCUGUAAGCCAUAAUAAUGUGAGACGGAGAACAGAAAACAGCAGAGCAGACACACACACACACACACACACACACACAGACAUGGAAGUGUUGGUGAAACUUGUUGACUUUCAAAUCACGCACAAUUGCACACUUCCAGCACAAGCGGUCUCACACUGUGUCUGCCAUGCGCACACACUCAUGCAUACACACAUAAGUGCACACACACUCACACAGAUGCACAGACUUAACACACAAUUAUGCAUACAUACACAAAACGCACACACUCAUACACAUGCACUCGCACAUCUGUGACACACUUACUCAUAUACAAAUACACUCUCUCACACACACACACACACACACUUAAGCAUGCACACAAAUGCAAGCAUGCUCACUCGCACACUAGCACAGACUCAAACACACACUCAUCACACACUCGCUUACACAUGCACUCACACACACACACACACACACACACAUCCGCACUAAUGCAUUCAAACGGCACACAAAAACAACAGACACACGCAAACACACUCACAUAUGCACAUAAGUGCACAUGCACUAACUUAAACGGCUGCAGACUCUCUCGCAAACACACACACACAUGCAUGCACACACACUCAAACAGAGGCACAGACUCUCUCUAACGCAUACACGCUUAAGUAUGAGCGCGCACACACACACACCAAUGCACAAACUUUCUUUUUCACACACACUUAUGCAAUCAUACAUACAUACAAACACAUGCUUACACACUCAUGCACUCAGACAUCUAUGAUAUAAUUUUUCACAAACAUACACUCUCUCACAGACGCAUACACACGAAGGCAAGCAUGCUCACACACUUAUGCAUACUCACAUAAGUGCACACACACUCACACAGAUGAACAGACUUAACACACAAUUAUGCAUACAUACACAAACGCACACAUUCAUACACAUGCACUCGCACAUCUGUGAUACACUUUCUCAUAUACAAAUACACUCUCACACACACACACACACAUACACACACACACACACACACACACUUAAGCAUGCACACAAAUGCAAGCAUGCUCACUCGCACACUAGCACAGACUCAAACACACACUCAUCACACACUCGCUUACACAUGCACUCACACACACACACACAUCCGCACUAAUGCAUUCAAACGGCACACAAAAACAACAGACACACGCAAACACACUCACACAAACACAUAUGCACAUAAGUGCACAUGCACUAACAUAAACGGCUGCAAACUCUCUCGCAAAUACACACACACACAUGCAUGCACACACACUCAAACAGAGGCACAGACUCUCUCUAACGCAUACACGCUUAAGUAUGAGCGCGCACACACACACACCAAUGCACAAACUUUCUUUUUCACACACACUUAUGCAAUCAUACAUACAUACAAACACAUGCUUACACACUCAUGCACUCAGACAUCUAUGAUAUACUUUUUCACACACAUACACUCUCUCACAGACGCAUACACACGAAGGCAAGCAUGCUCACACACUUAUGCAUACUCACAUAAGUGCACACACACUCACACAGAUGAACAGACUUAACACACAAUUAUGCAUACAUACACAAACGCACACACUCAUACACAUGCACUCGCACAUCUGUGAUACACUCUCAUAUACAAAUACACUCUCUCUCACACACACACACACACACACACACACACACACACUUAAGCAUGCACACAAAUGCAAGCAUGCUCACUCGCACACUAGCACAGACUCAAACACACACUCAUCACACACUCGCUUACACAUGCACUCACACACACACACACACACACAUCCGCACUAAUGCAUUCAAACGGCACACAAAAACAACAGACACACGCAAACACACUCACAUAUGCACAUAAGUGCACAUGCACUAACUUAAACGGCUGCAAACUCUCUCGCAAAUACACACACACA